GUAAAUACAUCCACCCCCAAAUGCAAAUACAGCAGCAGAGAUUCCUUGCCCGGGGCUCAGAGCGGAGCAGGCUCGGACAGGAGAGCAGCACCAUGAGGCUGUUUGUCUUGCUGGCUGUGCUCUACAGUGGAGUGAAGAGCAGUAUUGUGCCACAGAAAAUGUAUGGGAGGAUCACAUCCCCAAACUUUCCAAAUGUCUACCCAAACCACAAGGAGAGAAUCUGGAAUAUUACUGUCCCCAAGGGAUAUUCUGUCCGUAUCUACUUCACCCAUUUCAACCUGGAGCUGUCCUACCUGUGUGAAUAUGAUUAUGUGAAGCUGAGCUCUGGUGGGAAGACCUUGGCUAAACUGUGUGGAAAGGACAGCACAGACACUGAGGAGGCUCCGGGCAACAAGACAUACAUCUCCAUGGACAACCACCUCAUGGUGGUGUUCCGGUCCGACUACUCCAAUGAGAAACCAUUCACGGGCUUUGAGGCCUUCUAUGCUGCUGAAGAUGUUGAUGAGUGCAAGCAGCUGUUGGAUGGUGAACCCCUCUGCAAUCAUCACUGUCACAACUACGUGGGGGGCUACUAUUGCAGCUGCAGGGUUGGCUACACACUGCAUGAAAACAAGAGGACGUGCACAGCCCACUGUCAGUGUCUCGUUUUUGCUGAGAGAAUUGGAGAAAUCCCUGGCCCUGACUAUCCAACACCUGAUCUCAGCUCCUGCAGCUACAGGAUCCAGAUAGAAGAGGUCCUGAUCCUGGAAUUCAUGGAGACCUUUAAUGUGGAGACACACCCAGGACUGCUGUGCCCCUGUGAUGUCCUUAAGGUAAGGGAAGUUAAAACAGGAAUACAUGGUCAUUCCUGCUGAAAGCUGCAUUUCACACUUACUUCUUAGUAACUGAACUGAGCUUCCCAGCAGGCAGUUUUGGAAGGUGUAUGUUUAUGGAACUUUAAAAUCACAGGUAGGUGAUGGUGGUUGGGGGAGGCACAGUCUUAACUCAGCAGUUACUUUCUAGGCUGUCUGAUUUGACAACUGCACUGUUUAUGUAGAAAACCAGAAUACCUGAACUGAUGUGAGAGUUAUGGAUUCCACACAUACAGUGGGAGAACUAGGGAUGUGUGAAAAUGCAGUGACAAAAUUCAGGGCCAGUGUGAAGCCCUGUUCUGCCCUGGAAAGGCCAACAGUAAUGGUAGGGCCUAAACAUGGAAUUAAACGUGGUCCUUGGCUCGGGGGUGUGCAAAGGGAAUGUCCCCACCUUACCUGGACACACCUGGAACUUUGCCUGUGGGAAGGAUUUGCAUCUUUAAGGCUGUGUAAGCAAUGCUGAAAGGUACCCAGGUAGGCUUUAUUCAGUCACAGCUGGGAGCUUUCUUACCGUUCCCACUCCAUCAGUGGAUUUAAGAGAUUAAAUCCUGGGAAUAGCCCGAGGGGGGGAAGUGACACAGUCACCUUCUCAGGAACCCGCAGGGACUCAAAAUCCACCUAAAAUAUGUUGUCUGAGGAUGCCUGUAGAGUGUCACUCCUGCUGUUAACCAGAGCCCAGCUGUUCCAGUCCCUGGUUCUCAUUUGUGCUGUCUCUGGGAUGCAGGUCAAGAUCCACGUGGUGAUGGACACUGGAGACACUGCAGCUCGUGCCUCAGCUCCUGCCUGCAGUGACCUGCCCGUGCUGGGCUGGGCACAGUCACCCACUCAGCUACUCCACUGCUCUUGCACAGGAGCAGGUACAGCCCUGUGGCUUUCUUGGCUUUCUUUUAGUACCUCUAAGCUGGUGAGGCAGAACCACUUCAGGGCAGAAUGGUCAUUUUAACAAUCAAUUACCACCUUUGUUACACUGAUUUUUCAGACUGGCAAUUGCUACAGGUGCUGUUUAACACCAAGAAAACUGAAAAUGUUAUGAUAACCCCAUGGUGUGACUGUAAUAACUAAUACUGACCUUAGAUUUGUUAAACCAUUUACUAUUUUACACGCCUUGGUCUUUCCUGAGUCUCCCCAGCACAGCCAGCAUUGCAGAUUAAUGCCCAAAACUCAGUUCAGUUCUCCUUGAAGAGAGUAAAAAGCUGAACCUUCCUUUACUCCAGCUCUUUUGGAGAAUGCAGUUUCAUAAUUAACUAAAUUGUUGCUUUUAAAUUGCUUGGCAUUGUUUCUGACAGGAAGAUUGAACCACGCUCUAGCAGCACUUGUGAGGGGAAAAGCCACUGCACUCCCUCGCUGCACAGUACAGGGUUGGGAAUUUUGUUUUUUAAUGCCUGAACUGCUACAUUAAUUACACUGUAAAAUUAGUCAAGAUCCAAGACUAAGUUUUGGGAGAAACAUUUUACACUGUAAUAGCAUAAUUGUCGCUCUUAUCUUUUAGAUUAGAAUAUCCAUAUAUUCCAAUUACCUUAAUUUACAUUCAGAACAAAUGCAUUUCCUUCUCCAUGCCCAAAUUCCUCAGCAGUGCUGUCUCUCUUGAUUACAGAACUUUUCCAAGGGAUGCACUACUAAUGAAAAUUGUAUUCUAAAUCAAAUAUUCAUUUGCAAGCAAUUUUACCAUUCCAAAACAAUCUAGGAAUUACAUUUAGAAUCAUUAACUUAAUUUAAUCCGUAUAAG